UUCUUUGCAUGCAGCGCUUCAAAGUCGUCCAUAGAGCUGCUCUGCGUCUGAAGUAGGGAAAUUUUGUCACCCUACCGAUAAAAAGGUCGAAGAUCUUUGCAUAGCCCAUGUACUGUCUUUGACGAUUGUACCUACGAGUGUUGUUUGAAGACGUUGAGCCUUUGUUGAAUUCACGGACAAAACAGCAAACUCGCUUUCCCUCGGUCUGAAAAAAACGGCCUGGCAGGCCAAUAGACUUCGAUGCUCGCUCGCCGUCUUGUCAGUCGCUCCUCUGGACAAAUUAAUCAUGAAACAAUGAUUCUAGUGACCACAAGUGAAGCAACCCUCUUUGGACGAGAUCUAUAAUUACAAACAAAGGCCAAGCGUACACUUGUGUCUCUAUCGACGUACCUCUCCUACCCGCCACCUGUAGGGGGAUCAUCAGAAACUAAGGGCUGACAUGUGUUCAUAAAGGCUCCUGUGGGAACGGGCAAGGUCAAAAAGAGAAGACACUUUGGUGGGAUCAUGGGGAGACGAAAGUCGCUCUUGGCGAUUAUCAAGGACAAGUUCCAAGGCGGUUCCAAAAGUAAUGGCGACCUGGCCGAGAGCAAAAAGGAAGAGGACGAAGAGGAGGAGGAAGAGCGAUCCUUGAUGGAAGUGGAACUGGAACAUGAGCUCGCCGUCGCAUUUGAUACUUAUAGCAAGGGUUUGACCGCAAUACCAUGUAAAGAGAUCGGAUACAUUCUUCGAUCCUUGGGCCAAAAUCCGACCGAGGACGAUAUCGUGAAUCUGGUGGUGGAAGCAGGAUGCUCGUGGGAGGGCUAUUUGUCCCGAGGAGAUUUUGUCAGUGUGGGCCUUGUGGCCUUGGAGAAGCAAGCCAAUCGCCUGGACGAUGUCCGAGCGGCCUUCAGGGCAUUCGACCACAAUAACGACGGAAGCAUCUCCAAGAACGAGUUGAGAGAUGCCAUGACCCGUUAUGGACACACGUUCAGUUUGGAGGAGGCGGAGGAGAUGUUUGCUGAGGCGGAUUUGAACGCUGAUGGCAAGAUCGACUUUGACGAAUUCCUCACAAUCAUGAUGCAAAGUCAUCAUAGUGUCAACUAUGCCACCAAUACCAAUGACUGUGGAUUCAGCCGCAGAUGAACAAUGCUCCCAAGCAAUAAAUUGAGGUUGUGUGAAUGUAGCGAGCAAGUUAUUGCGUGAGUUUUUGUGCCUUUGUCGAGGUUGAACCGCUAAAGAUUCAUUGGGCUUGUAAGUUGCAAAAAAAUGAAAUGUCUCUUGUAAAUAAGCAGCAGACUCGAUGAUCUGGCGCACUCGUGCAGACAAGGAGACUUCAAACUGUAAUGCUUAAAUGAAAAAAAAUUAGUUGAAUUCUGCAGUGCAAGUCAGUCACUCAGAAUUUGAAAAUUUUGAUCAAUACUGAUUGGUCAAGAUGUUUGCCUUUGCUCUCUUGCUUAAGUAAUGGCUCAAAAUGAAGGUGAUUAGACUUUCGCUCUUCUCUUGUACUUCACACGGCAAAUAAAAUAGAUAUGCUUCCUUGGGUCAUUUUUCAGUUGUUUUUUUCCUUUUGCCUUCCAAAAACCAAGGGCCCACCGCCUUAAUCGGUUCAGUCAUCCUUUCCAAGGCUAUUCACCAAUGACUGCUGUGGAACAUCAGUUUCAUAUUCAACGUAUUUGAGAUGGUCUACCCCUCGUAAGACCCAGAAACAUUGGAAAACCAAACCCUUCUGAAUUGCCAGACACCCAAUGAAAUUCGUUGUAGGGGGUCCGGCCAAUUCUUGAUAUGUAUAUACAGCACCUCUAUUCCGAAAUUCUAUCCUCAAACGCGACAUGAUAAUUCAAAAAUCCCAGUAUUGAGAUUGAACCUUUGAGCUGAUGAUCUUUGUUUUACGUCUCUCUCAAUCGUGCUCCCAUUUUCUCAAUAAACGAUGGAAUAUAAA